CAGAUCAUCCACCGCGACAUCAAGCCCGCCAAUCUGCUGCUGGACGAUGCUGGGGUCCUCAAGCUGUGCGACUUCGGCUCGGCGAGGUCUGUGAACGGUUGCCAAAGUCCCAACCGCGGGCAGAUACCCUUUGUGACCACCCGCUGGUAUCGCCCCCCGGAAGUGAUUACCAGCACCUUGUACGGAUACGCAGCAGACGUUUGGUCCUUUGGCUGCACAGUUGCCGAGCUGGCCUCGGGUCGGCCCCUGCUCCCCGGCAGCUCAGAUGCGGACCAGAUGAUACGGAUCAUGAAG